AUGGCUAAGAAACAAAUACCAAUACAACCAAAAUCACUGAACAAUAACACUGGUGCUGGCCAUCGUGUCACCAAACUACCAACAAGCGCCAGUGGUCAACGUUCAAAUAGCUCAACAUCAUCAAUAUUGUCUUCAUCUGCUCUUAAUUCACCGUUAUCAACAACUUCAUCCUCAAGCUCAAGCCCUAUCCAAAAUAAUGCUGCCCUACUUGAACCUAUGAUAUCAAAUUCUGUUUUCAAUCUACCUUUGAUUCCAGAAUCAACAUUACCAAAACCAAAAAUUUUGAAAUCUUGUAUUAGAUGCAGAAAACAUAAAACAAAAUGUGAUGCUAGUGAAAAGACUCCAAACCCUUGUUCAUCAUGUGCUAAAAAGGGUAUUCAAUGUAAAAUUGAUUACGUUUUACCUCCUCAAAGAUCUGAUAAUUUGAAAAAUCUUGUUGGUCAAGUGGAAACUAUAAAGACAAAUUACGAAUUGUUAGAAGAUUAUUAUACAAAGAUUUCAAAUAGAUUAAACAUUAAGAUUGAAAGCUUUGAAGAAUGGAAGUUGCAAAAUGCCCAAUCAACAAGAGAUGAAUUAAUUGAUAAUAAUAAUGAAGAAGAAGAUUCAGAACAGAAAAGUUCCUAUAACUUGAUAAAAUUAUCAGAUGGUUCAUUCAUUUCAAUGAAUCUUGUUGAAGAUAAUCAACUUUUGAUCAAUAACAAGCUCAUUCAAAUUGAUCAAUUUCAAGAGAAAUUGAAUAAAUUAUCCAAAAGAUUAACCUAUUUAUUCCAAGCAACUUUAUCACAAACCAAACAACAAACUGAUCCAUCAACUCCAGAUAAUAAUUCAAGUACAGAUGAUAAUUCUUCAAUUGCAUCUCCAAUCUCGGCUAUUGACCAAGAAAUUAUUAAUGACGUCUGCCAAUUUGACACGGGUAUAACUUUACCCCAGAACAAUAAUAUUAUGCAAUUUUUAAUUACACCUGAAAAUCAUUUAGCCACACCACCAUCAUCAUCAGUGGAGAUACUACCGGAUUUCAAACUUUUUGAUUUAAAGUUUUCAGUGUUGGAUCUAUUCAAAGAUAACAAGUUUUUAUUGAUUUUAUUAGUUGGGUUUUUCUAUCCAGAUGCUUAUAAUUCAAUCAAUAGUUUGAACUAUAACUUAUUUUUAAGUGAUUAUCUGAAUUCAUAUUAUCAAAUUAUGGAGAAUCAAAACAAGGCAUUGAACUCAUCAACUUAUUCAAGUUUUUUAAUCAAUUCAAUUAAUCCUAGUUAUCAAUUGACUUUUAAUAAAGAUCAAUUAAAAGAUUUGAUUGAUUGUGAAAUUUUCAAUUCAGAAUUAUAUUUGAAAAAAAUCAUUCAAAUUUUGUUUUUAAAUGUUUUGAUAUAUGGAUUAGAUGAACAUUUCAAGAUUUUAAAAGAUUUCAUUCAAUUUGUCAAGAUCAAUAUCAAUUCAAAUAGAAAAAAGAUUAAUUUUGAAAAAAAUGUUGAUUUAAAAUUUAUUGAUCAUUACAUCAAAUUAUUUGAAACAUUUGGUGAAUCAAGUGAAGAAUCUACAGCAACAACAGCAGUGUCAUCAAACUCCCCAAUUGAAAAUUUCAAACAAUUGUUAAACUUUAAUUUGAGUUUUACAAAUGAUUAUCAACUUAAAAAAAAUCAAUCUUUAUUCAAUCAAACAAUUUCAAACCCUAGUAAUGAUUCAUUAAAUUCCUUAAAAGGAUGUUUUAAGAAAUUUAUUUCAAAUUGGAGUAAUUAUUUUCAAUUUUAUGAAUCAGAAUUAGGUUUAUUUAUUGAUGAUUUUAUUAUUGAAAUAUUUAUUAUAAAUUGCUUGAUAUUUAUAAAUGAAGGACAUCAAGAUUUCAACUCAAUCUUGUUAGAUUGUCUAACAAGUUUUAAAAUUAAUAACAAUGAAAGUAUUUGUGAAUUGAUUGAAUUUUUCAAAACUUCAAAAGAUGAAUUAAUUCAACCAAAUAUUGAACAUUUUAAUUUUAGUUGUUUCCAAUCUCAACAUAUUAUAAUGAAUUUGAUAUUGAAUAAAAAAAAUUCAAUUGAUCCAAAGAUGAAUGAUAUUCAAAUGAUUUUAGAGAAUGUUGAUUGGAAAAAAGAGACCCCUGAUGAUGUUUUGAAAAAAAUUGGUGUUAUUUGA